AUGAAGCAGGUCGUUAUCGAUGCCAGGAUUGCAAGCCUGAUAAAGAUAAGAUGGCGAUGUCUUCAUCUCCAAGCCUGCUGGUGAAACUAAGCAUGUAAAUGUAUCAGCAGAAAAUAAAGGUGAAAAUCGAUGGAGAGACAUGAAAUGGAUACAUCCGCUGCUGUAUGCGUAUCCAUGAUACAGUGACAGUAGAUAAUACCAAGCACAGUUACAAUUUCAUAGGACUCAGAAUUUAAGAAACCAACGACUGUUCUAUAAAAAGCAAAAGAUAUUUUGUAGCUUUGCAGAGAUCAUAGAGAAGUCUGCAAUUCUUCGCUUCUGCUACUGCCGUCGGUAAGGUCAUUUCUUGUGUGUGUUCCUUCUGCUAGUAAUGGUGUUUUGGAUUCAUUGAGUACAGUUACAAAUACAAAAAUAAGAAUAGGCAUACAUAAGGGCGCCCCUGUUUGUAAGAGGAGCAGUCCUCUUGAUAACUUCGACGACUUUACUUUCCCAUUUUCAGUAGAACGUCGAUAGACUACCGUCUAACUAUGAGUAAUUAUACCAGAAAUUCGUUCCACUUUUCUCCCCAGUUUUGCGAGCAGGCGAGUCGCUGUUUGUAGAUGCCGAUAGAGGUAAAAACCUGCAUGCACAUAAACCAAGUAGCGAUGGCGAGGUUAGCCGCAUUGAAAAUGUAGAAAAAUGUCACUCCUUCACCCCGGAUAGUCCACAGAAGCAGGAUUGCGAGAACAGCGGCAAGCGAAAAGGUAAAGACAUUAGAGCUAGAGGAAAGUAGGCGCAAGAUCAAGAUCAUCAAGUUCAAGAUCAUUAAUGAGACGAAUCACCUCACUCAAGGAUCCACCUCACGCGUUCGAUCCUUGUCCGUGGUUCUGACAAAAUAUGUUCAACACUGCGAUUAUCUUCUUUUUUGUGUGAUAAAAAUUGAUAGAACUACACGUACUUAUAUCGAGGAUUACAUAUGUUGAGCGACAAAAUUUGAGUUUCACUUUCAAUUUGUUGCUUGGGAACAAUCAGAGAGGAGCACAGAGUCACGCCAUAACGAUGGCAGGAACAUGACAAGCGAAGCGCGAUGCUCUGUCCUGGUUCCCCAACGAGAUAAAUCGACCGCGAGCUGCUAUAUCUUCGUGUUCCUGACAGGAAGAACUUUCGUCAGCGCUAGAAGAGGGAGUCAGCGCCAGCCUUCCCGUACUAGAAGUAUUUUCAUAAUAAUGUUUAUGAGGAAGUAUAACUGGUAGAAUGAAAACACGGAUCAGAAGAGAUUAGAGGUUUUUGCGGGAUUUUGAUCCCUCAAAACGUCAGCCCUGGCUUCUUUUCUACGUGAACAAGAGCCGGAAAAGAGCCAGGGAUGGUAGUGAGGAAUGCAAUUCGGAAACCCUUAAAGAGAGGCAGUGUAGCAGCAACAGGCGCACGCGGUCGGAAAGUAUAUAGCGAAGCUUUCGUUAGACCUCUACCCCCUAAUUCAUUUCAUCCACGCUGUGCUGGUGGAAACAGAUCUCUCAACAGUAAGCAUACCUCAAGGUAGUUUCCCUUGUACUUCUUAUUUGGGUGCAUAGCCAUUCACAUUCUUGGCAUUAUACUCAUGUUGAGGGAUCAUAGAUCCGCAUACUAUGGAGAGAGAUGGAUUAGUAGAGGAAGCCCACGAUACUGUUGAGAGAUCAUGCAUCCCUAUGUAUAAUAUAGAGAUAGAUGGCUCAGAGGGUUUAGCGUCUUAACUUCGCCUUCCAGACUGGCAUUGCAACACCAUGCACAGGUCAUCACGAUGGCAAUAAUUGUGCCAAUCAGGUUCUUCUCAUUGAUAUAGCUGCUGCUGCUGCUGCUUGUAGUUGUGCCAGCGCCAAAAACGUUGUUAAAACUGCCUUCACGAAACAGAAUCACGGUGCUUACCAGCGAGACAUAGCGAGUCAGAGCCAAGAAGAAAUAGAAAUUAGAUGUUCCUGGAAUCCAAACCCAUCAUCUUGAGAGUCAAAGCAUCUUGGGUGGUCUCUUUUUCCCUUAGAGAGUGACUCUCCCAAGGUGCUUCUCAAAAAAUGGGAGAUUGAUUCCCGGAAGCCGUAAAAAAAGAUAGUUCUUCAACCUGGUGGUCAACAUGUUGUACACCUAGAAGUAGAACAUGUAGCGUGCUGUGAGGCGAACUAACGAGUGCGGUGAUCGCACCAGCAAUCGAGAUCAGUGCAAUAUAGAGAGCGCACACCAGCACUCCCAGAAAAUAGGUAGUCCGAAAGUUGUGCCAAAUUAUGUAGUUGUUGAAUGGAGCCAUUCUUGUGUGAGAAGUACUUGUUGGUCCUGAAGAUGCACUGCUACUGGAAGUACUCGUUCUUGCAGCAAGAACUACAUCAUGUCGGCCAUCGCACAUAAACGGGUACCCCACAAUCAGUGCCAGCGACGUGGACAAACUAAUGCACAAAGCGCAAACUUCGAGCAGAGUCUCCGGUUGAUGUAGCGCGGAAGGGAACAUUAGAAGGGGCUGAAGAGAGUUGACCUCUCUACUAGCUCGCAUAAGUACCUACGGCCGCUUUCCUACUUGAAAAAGCGGCCAUAGAGAUGCUCAUGGAGACGAGGUCAACCCCCAACCCUUAAGAACGCGGGCCAAUCGGUUGGUUGUUCUCCCGAUGUAGACGUUGAUGGUGCACCGGAAGUAGCUGUCGCAACCAGAAUGAGGAUCAGCCAAGUCACACUCUGCAAAAAGGCGGCAAACAAUGGAAUCGGCGUCAAAUAGUGCACCUCAGUUUAGAGCCAAACAGGGGCUCACUUCUUGUUUAUGUUUCUCAAAGCAUCUAUCAUAUCUAAAUGUGCCAUGUACAUAUAAUCUUGGUGGAGCAGACCUAACUGUAAUAUUUACAUAGAAUGCUGGGAGCAUACUUACCUAACUAGAAAAAACAAAAACCGAAAAAAGAAAGGGCAGGCCCAGGCGAGAACUUCUCUACUACUAAAUAAGGCGCCGCUGUCGUGGUCCUGUCAGCCCCAGAGGUCUCACCUUCGAAGGCAGGCCGGAGCCCUGUGCCGCGCCUCCGGUAAUGUUGAUGAAGGUACUAGUAAAUGUAGAAUUGUAGAACCCUAAACCCAACGGAAAUAUCAAUGUAUUCAUUAUCAUUGUAGCCUUAAUCACUUCUAAGAGCGUCAUGACCUUGGUCUUCCGCAAGUAGAAUCUUGGGAAAAUGCGCCCGCACGUACGGUGACGCCAAGACAAUCGGAAGCCAAAAGCCCAUAGUCAACGCGCACAGAAUCUUCACAAAAACGAAGCCACCAAACUGAUACCAAUUAUUCUCGUCGUGUUGAGCAGAAGUCCCUGCAGCGGAAAUCGGACUUUUUAGAAGAAGUUGCUAUUAUAAUAAAUUUAAAUUCUUUCUUGUGGUAGAGCCCUACUUGCACUAAAUUACUAAAACAAAGUCUUUCUCCUCACCAGGAGGCACAACAGUAUUUCGAGGAUCGAAGUAGAACACGACUACAACUCGGACUAGAAGUAGAAGUUCUUCAUCUACCUAGAUCAAUCUACUCAUCAAUGUGAUCAAUUGACUGAGUGAAGGAAGUGAAUAAAUGUAGCUAGUACGACGAAACAGUCCUGAAGGUCGUUCGGGUAAGCACUCUGCACCCACGAUGCAGCCGUGCUUAAUCAUAACUGGUAAGCUUAAGAUCACGAUAAGAGCCGCGAUAGCCGUGGUUAAUAGAUAGAGUACUUUCGGUUUAUUUAGAUUGCUUGAGAUUUGGCAUAUAUGUCCAGCAUAGCUUUGGCAUGCCAUCUCCUGCCAAUGUCUUCGAUUUAUGAACGACAGCUCCACCGGCACCGUGUGGAGGGGAGUGCUUAGCUUAGCAGUAGUUUUUCACUAUCCCUAGUCGAGUGAGUUGCCCUUUUUCCCCUAUUUAAUUUUUUUUCCUUCAGAGCAGGGGGAUUUCACUCAGUAUAGUCCACAUGGAAUAGUGAUAAACUGCCCUUAAUUCGCAGGCUUGGAGUGCUUUUGCUCUUGCUUUCCGUUUGCUUGAUGAUGUGAAUACUUUCCCUGAUGAUCUAAUUGUACGUUGUGUUUCUUCACGUGCUCCUUUGGAGUAUUUUUUGAAUCUUUUCCAUCCAUGCCGUCCGCCGAUGUCUUGCGUUUGGCGACAGCAUGUUCACGUUCGUGGGAAUGCUUUCCCUGUUUUUCGAUCAGGGUAGACGCAAGAGAGUUAGAAGCAAAAUGCUAUAAAUAUGCAUGAGAGUCACACUAGAAACAGCAGCGAGAAAGAGAAAACGGGGCACAUUCUGCACCGAAAGAGAGAGAUCACUCCUCACCACAGUGGCGCGGGAACCGAUCUUGGCCGACGGUCGAGACCGAAAGCCGAACAGCCGCACCGAAGGCGGGCAAAAUGCAGUUCUUCGCGGUGACUGCAAGGGAGACCGACUUCGGAGCGGACAAAGACUGACGCCCACGCACACCCGUAGGGUUAAGGGUGGGGCGGCGAACGACUCGCGAGGUGCCUGGGCGGGCCGAGACAACGCGCUCCGCCGACGUUCUCAAAGGAGAGCGAAGAAAUCCAACCGACAGACAUACGGCCGAAAGGCGCGCUGUUUUCUCUAUUCUUCUCCUGAAUAUAACGCACAAGCGCAUAAUAUACAGAACUUAGUAUGUGGUGGAAUACGACCUAUGUGUAUGGGGAUAUUGAUCGAUCCUAAUCGUGGCGUGCCGAAGAUGCUCAAGACACAGUCGCUCUACAAAGAAAGAACACACGACCACGAGCACGCUCUCAAACUCAAUCCUAUCUUCCACUGGGUACUAUUAAUCUAUCAUGAUAAAUUCAAUGCAAGGAAUAUAUCUCGCACAAUGUUCAGUGCAGACUGCCAUAGCGGCGUCGUAGCUAGAUGCUCGAUUACAAAGUUACUAAAUAUUGUUGGUGGAGCAGACCUAACUAUAAAAAACGCAUAUCUUUCAUCCAUAAUUUUUGCCGAUUGGUUAACAUCGGAUUGAUGUUUGUGUCCAGCCGAAUGCGUUCCACGCAGAUUCUUCUUCUUUUCCGCAGCUACCUGUCCUCCGCCUGCGGUAACACUGGAAUAGAUUGCCCACCCUACUACAACCAGAGGACAGAGAGCUCGUCCCGCGGCCCCGCGGAGCCGAGGUCCUCUAAGUAUAAUUAUCGAGGAUGAUGUCAUGAUGACUCUAAUCGUACUUCUUCGUUGUUGAUGCGCCAAGAAAAUAGUUCUCGUCCCAACUUUGUUGCUUGUGCAGCUGCUUGCGUUCAGCACUGUUGCGUGAAUCCGCUUUGCCACCUACUUUUCGCUAGAGAGCCAGAACUUGUGGCGAAGGGUUCUGUUUCUCGAUCUUCGGAUGUGAGUCUGAGAGUGAGACGAGUGUGUCCUGCGUCGGAGAAGAUGCACUACCUCCGAGGUACAGCUACAGACGAGACAACACCAAGCAGGUACAACUAGGGGAAUGGAUCGAUAAGACUAUACUCCUCCGAGCUAUGGGUACGUACUAUACUAAGCUAGAAUAAGAAUAGUACUUCUUCUUAGAAAAAUACGAAUAGUACUCACCCGCAAACAACUAGGCGCUGUGUCCUUCCUAAGCCCUAAGGCUAAGUAAG